AUGAAUUCAGAUCCCAGUGAGACGGCGACAUCUAUGGUAUCAGACAUUGAUGGCUCUCCGGGUGUACUUGAGUCUUCCUCUAAUGUCGAACCAAGGAAGUGGGAGAAUUUUGAACACCAGAUCCAGGACCCAGAGCUGGACCCCUUGUUUACAUGGGACCCCAGCGGGCGGCGUUUGCUCUCUGGGCUGCUGGGCCUCAAUGUGGUGCUGCUGGGGUCUGCCCUGGUGGCCAGCCAGGCUUUUAACCCCAUGGGCCUGAAGCACCAGGAGCCCCAAGUGUUUCUGCUGCUGUUGAUGGUGUGCAGCAUGGUGUGGAUGCUGUGGUACCUGCUGUGGACCAGGAGACAGCCUGGCGUCUCUCCACACAAAGACCACCACGCUGGAGGAGUCACUGUCACAGUGGUCCUCAUGCUUUUUGCAACAUUCAGUCUGCUGCUACAUGUCUUCAGGAUUGGGUAUUCUAUCACUAUGAGAGAGUGUAAGCCCGCCGCCCAAGUCCUCACCCCGUUCAUUGAGGCACCAUUUCUGGGGCUACAGACAUAUUUACUCUGGGCUCAUUCCAAAGACUGUGUUCAUAGACACAAGAUCAUCACCAGGUCUGGGCUCAUUGUGACCCUUUGUGCAGACCUGCUGCUGUGGCUGAACGCAGUGACAGAAGACAGCAUCCAUCAAGAGAUCGAGUUAGAGAAGGAAGCCAGAAUCAAUUUUGGCAAUACAAAUUUUUCUGAAAGCGCAGAAAGCUCCAGUGCAGAAGGAAUGAGCAACACCACAGUUUGUCAGUGCACUGCAAAUGCGGUCUGUCUCAUCUUCAGGCGAGGCUAUGAGAUUCUUUACCCCUUCAACAUUGAGUACUACCUGAUGGCUGGCUGCAUGCUUUAUGUGAUGUGGAAGAACGUUGGACGCAGGGCGAGUCCAGGUCCUCACGAGCACGUCACUCAGAAGUUGACCCUGCGUAUCGUUUACCGAGGGGGGAUCUUUGUGGGCCCUCUGCUGGGGUUCCUGGUUCUCAUCAUAGGAGUGACCAUUUUCAUCCUCUACCAAGUGUGGGUGAGCCAGCGGCAGCAUCGCUUCAUCGCCUUCCUCAUGUUUUAUGGAUAUCAUUUAGCCGUCAUGCCUGUCAUGUCUCUCUGCUCCCUGGCUGGCAUGCUGAUCCACAAGCUGGAGAGGCGAGCAGAGGUAGGGGGACACAACCCGACUCGUAGUCUGGAUGUGAUCCUCCUGGUGGGGGCGGCCCUCGGCCAGCUGGCCUUGUCCUACUUCUCCCUGGUGGCUGCCUUCGCUUUAGGGGCAAGCGGACCCCUGGGGAGCCUCGACCUUUCCUAUUCCCUUCUAAGCCUGCUGGAACUAAUGCUCCAGAACAUCUUUAUUAUUGAGGGCCUCCACAGGCACCCUAGUCUGAGCCAGGCCAAGAAGAGAGCAAGACAGAGAAGCAUCAUAUUCAAACCUAAGAGAAAGGUCAAUGCGGUAGUAAAAGAGGUGAAAACAGACGCGUCAUUCCUGGAGGGAAACGUGACAUCAACAGCACCGCCUGCUGACCAAGGAGGGAAUGGAAAACAGUCCUGGACCAAGAGAGCCACACAAGAAAUCUGUGCUUUUCUCAUCCUCUCUAAUGUUAUGCUCUGGAUCAUUCCUGCGUUUGGCGCCAACCCCCAGUUUGAGAACGGUCUGGGCAAGGAGUUUUUUGGCUUCACAGCUUGGUUCGUUCUGGUAAACCUGGGCCAACCCCUGGGGGUCUUUUACCGAAUGCACUCUGUGGGAGCUCUGAUGGAGCUACUCAUCUCUGCUUGA